ACUGAACUGUUAGUACAGCACUUCAGUUAGGAUUUACUGAAUGGCAGCAUGUUCUCCUGUCUGACGUUAGAAGUCCACGUUAGGACACACGGAUUUUAAAUGCGACAGCGUAAAACGAAGUGACUUUGAGCGCGGCGUUAAAAUCGACCUGCAUUAGAGGAAUUAUUGCAGUUUAAAGUGAAAACAUGUCAGAACACAGGUCCAGUUUUCUGCACAUUGGGGACAUCGUGUCUCUGUACGCGGAGGGAACCGUGAAUGGAUUCAUUAGCACUUUGGGGUUGGUAGAUGAUCGUUGUGUGGUACAGCCUGCAGCUGGAGACCUUGCAAAUCCACCCAAGAAGUUCAGAGAUUGCCUGUUUAAGGUAUGUCCUAUGAACCGGUACUCGGCACAGAAACAGUUCUGGAAGGCCAAACAAGGGAAGCAAGGAACCAAUCCAGAAGAUGACCUUUUUAAAAAAUUACAGCAUGCAGCAGAACUGGAGCAGAAACAAAAUGAGACAGAGAACAAGAAACUGCUUGGCGAGGUGGUCAAAUACAGCCAAGUUAUACAGCUUCUGCAUAUUAAGAGUAAUAAGUUCCUAACGGUCAAUAAGCGUCUGCCGGCUCUGCUGGAGAAGAAUGCCAUGAGAGUGUCUCUGGAUCCAUCGGGGAACGAGGGGUCCUGGUUUUACAUUCAGCCCUUUUGGAAGCUCCGCAGUGAGGGAGACAAUGUGGUUGUGGGUGACAAAGUGGUUCUGAUGCCAGUAAACGCUGGCCAGCCUCUUCAUGCCAGCAACAUAGAGCUACUGGAUAACCCAGGCUGCAACGAGGUAAAUGCCGUGAACUGUACCACCAGCUGGAAGGUCACCCUCUUCAUGAAGUUCAGUGAUUACAGAGAUGACGUCUUAAAAGGGGGGGACGUUGUUAGGUUGUUCCAUGCCGAGCAGGAGAAGUUUCUGACCUGUGAUGACUACAAGAAGCAACAUUAUGUCUUCCUGAGGACUACUCUCCGACAGUCAGCUACAUCUGCCACUAGCUCCAAAGCACUCUGGGAAAUCGAGGUGGUACAUCAUGACCCAUGUAGAGGAGGAGCAGGCCAAUGGAACAGUCUUUUCCGCUUUAAACACCUUGCCACAGGCAAAUACCUGGCAGCGGAGGUGAAUCCUGAUUUCCAGGAUGAUAAUUUGAAAAUUGAGAAUGACACCAACUCCAUGUACUCAAAAAAGAAACGACCACUGGAGAAGAUCAACUACACCCUGAUUUCUGUUCCACACGGCAAUGACAUCGCUUCUCUUUUUGAACUGGAUGCUACCACUCUGCAGCGGGCAGAUUGCCUUGUACCCAGGAACUCAUAUGUCAGGCUCAGAAACCUAUGCACCAACACUUGGGUGAGCAGCACCAAUAUCGCUAUCGAUAUUGAAGAGGAGAGACCUGUGAUGCUGAAGAUUGGCACAUGCCCCAUCAAGGAAGAUAAGGAGGCAUUUGCUAUCAUUUCUGUGCCACUGUCUGAGGUGAGAGACCUGGACUUUGCUAAUGAUGCCAACAAGGUUCUCCAGUCUUUUGUGCGCAAGCUGGAGAAGUGCCAAAUUGCUCAGAACGAUCGCCGGUUUGUAACUAAGCUGCUGGAGGAUUUGAUCUUUUUCGUAUGUGAGGUGCCCAAUAACGGGCAGGAUGUUCUGUCAGUGGUUAUCUCCAACCCCAACAGAGAGAGACAAAAACUGAUGAGAGAGCAGAACAUCCUGGCACAGAUCUUUGGUAUUCUGAAGGCUACAUUUGCAGAAAGUGAGGACGGGCCCAUGCUGAAACUGGAGGAUCUAGGUGACCAGCGCAAUGCGCCUUUCAAAUACAUGCUGCAACUCUGCUAUAGGAUCCUGCGUCACUCACAGCAGGACUACCGCAAAAACCAGGAAUACAUUGCAAAGAAGUUUUCCAUUAUGCAGUCUCAGAUUGGUUAUGAGAUCCUGGCAGAAGAUACGAUCACUGCCCUGCUGCACAAUAAUCGCAAGCUUCUGGAAAAGCACAUUACUGCUCGCGAGAUCGAAACUUUUGUCAAACUGCUGCGAAAAAAUCGGGAACCCAGGUUUCUGGAUUACCUGUCAGACCUGUGUGUAUCCAAUAAAACAGCUAUUCCUGUCACCCAAGAACUCAUCUGCAAGUUCAUGCUCAACCCCAGUAAUGCAGACAUUCUCAUCCAGACCAAGCUGAUUCCUCACUCUGAGAACUUUCUGGAGUCCCACUUGCAGGACGAAGCUGAAGAGGAGGAGGUGUGGCUCUACUGGAUUGACCACAAUAAAGAACCUCAUGGCAAGACCAUUCGCCACUUGGCACAAGAUGCCAAGGGCAACCACAAAGAUGACAAUGACAACAUGACUUACUACAGGUGCCAGUUAAAUCUCUUUGCUAAAAUGUGUCUGGACCGGCAGUACUUGGCCAUCAAUCAGAUCUCCAACCAGCUGCCAGUGGAUUUAAUCCUGCGCUGCAUGUAUGAUGAAUUUCUGCCCUUCAAUCUGCGCGCCUCCUUUUGCCGCCUCAUGCUCCAUAUGCACGUUGACCGAGACCCCCAGGAGGCUGUGGUGCCUGUCCGCUACGCCCGACUUUGGAAUGAGAUCCCAUCCAAAAUCACAGUGCAUGAGUAUGACUAUGAGUGCAGAGACAGCCACAGAGAGGAUAUGAAGAAAAAGUUUGCACCAACCAUGGAGUUUGUGGAUCAGUACCUAAAGGAUGUCGUGAACCAGCCAUUUCCAUUUGGAGAUGUAGAGAAAAAUGAGCUUACUUUAGAGGUGGUGAACCUGGCACGUAACCUGGUCUACUUUGGCUUCUACAGCUUCAUUGAGCUUCUGUGUCUCACACGCACCCUGCUGGACAUCCUGGACAUUGUGCAGCACCCACUCACAUUCAUGUCCAAACUCAGCAAAGGACCUGAAGGAGGUAAUAAUGUCCUGCGCACCAUCCAUGGUGUGGGUGAGAUGAUGACUCAGAUGGUUCUAAGCAGAGGUGCCAUGCUGACCCACGGUGCUCCUGAGUCUCAGCCGAUGAUGGGUAAAAAAAACCUUGGCCUGCCUGACAACGAGGACGUAGUGGUAAUGGAUACCAAGCUUAGGAUUAUCGAAAUUUUGCAGUUUAUUCUGAGUGUGCGUCUGGACUACCGGAUCACUUAUCUGCUCUCCAUCUACAAGAAAGAGUUUGAAGACCAAACAGUCUCAGACAGCACUGUCUCUGAGUAUCCCAUUUUCCCAUCAGAGCCAAACAUAGAGGAGAUUGCUGAAAAAGCAGAGAACGUGUUUGCUGGAAGUGCUAAGGAGAGGACACCAGUGGAUUUAGAUGAUGAAGGUGGCAGGACGUUUUUGCGUGUGCUGAUUCACCUCAUCAUGCAGGACUAUCCUCCUCUGGUCUCCGGCUCACUGCAGCUCCUCUUCAAACACUUUAGCCAAAGAGCAGAAGUCCUCCAAGCCUUCAAUCAGGUCCAGCUGCUGGUGUCUGAACAGGAUGUGGAGAACUAUAAGCAGAUAAAGGUAGAUCUCGACCAGCUUCGGCUGACGGUGGAGAAGUCGGAGCUGUGGGUGGAAAAAAGUGGCGGCUACGGUAACGAGGACGCCGCCGAAGCCCAAAAUAAGGAACAGACUGUGGAGGAUACGGGCAUCCUCAGUCCAGUGCAGGAUGGGAACAAUAAGCCUCAGAUAGACAGCAUCAAAGCCAACAACUACAAUGUGGUGAAAGAAAUCCUGCAGCGACUGAUUAAGCUGUGCGUCCCAUCCAAAAAGAUCCGAGUGCAGCAGCAGCAGAGGUUGCUAAAGAACAUGGGAGCUCACACUGUGGUGCUGGACCUUCUGCAAAUACCAUAUGAGGCUGGAGAUAAGAAGAUGAAUGAGAUCAUGGCUUUGGCUCACACUUUCCUGCAGCACUUCUGUAAUGAUAAUCUUCAGAACCAGAUCCUGCUCCAUAAACACCUCAACCUCUUCCUCACACCGGGGCUUCUGGAGGCGAAGACAAUGCGCUUUAUCUUUCAGAACAACUAUCACCUGUGUAAUGAGAUCAGUGAUCGUGUGGUGCAUCACUUUGUGCAUUGUAUAGAGACUCACGGACGGUGUGUACCAUACCUGCGCUUUCUGCAGACUAUAGUGAAAGCCGACGGCAAGUACGUGAAAAAGUGCCAGGACAAAGUGAUGACUGAGCUGGUGAAUGGAGGUGAGGAAGUCCUGGUAUUCUACAACGACCGGGCAUCGUUCCCCACACUGCUGCAGCUGAUGACCUCAGAGGAGGAGCGCACAGAUGAGAACGGGGCUCUGGCCUACCACAACAACCUGGUAGAGCUGCUGGCUGCUUGUACAGAGGGCAAAAACGUUUACACCGAAAUCAAAUGCAACUCACUACUGCCACUGGAUGAUAUCGUCAAGGUGGUGACCCAUGAGGAUUGUAUUCCUGAGGUGAAGAUUGCCUACGUGAAUUUUGUGAACCAUUGCUAUGUGGACACAGAGGUGGAGAUGAAAGAGAUUUACACCAGCAACCACAUCUGGAAUCUCUUUGAUAGCUUCCUUGUAGACAUGGAUAGAGUGUGUAACAGCACCACAGACAGAAAGCAUGCUGAUCUUGUACUGGAGAAGUAUGUCACAGACACCAUCAUGGCUAUCGUCAAGGGUUUUUUUGGAUCCCAGUUUUCCGUUAACACCUCUAACCUGAAGACGCAUCAGAGCACGUUCAUACGUCUGCUGCAGGCUGCUCUCAGAGUUCACAAUUGUACCUGGACCAUACCUCCACAGAAGACUAACAUUGAGGCCUGCAUCAAGACCCUUGAUGAUGUGGCUAAGUGCCGGAACAUAGCCUUGCCAGUUGACGUGAGCAGUCAGGUGAAUGCGCUGACUUUGAAGACCCACACCAACAUGGUACAGCGAGCAGCCAAAGACUGGAGGCAGUCUGCUCGCUCCCGACCUCGCAAAGAGCCGCUGGGGACACUUGACUACAAAAUCAUUAUUGAAAAACUGCAGAAUGUGGUGUCAUAUCUCAAAGAGCAGUUUGGUCCUCAAGUGCAGGCCGAGUUCUCUGUAUUAGUGGAUAUCCUACACAGUCCAGAGCUGUUGUUUCCAGAACAUGCACGUCUGCGCUGUGAGACUGGAGCCUUUAUGACGAAGCUGAUUAAGCACACAAAGAAACUGAUGGAUAAGGAGGAAAAGUUGUGUAUAAAGGUCCUGCAGACACUGCGGGAGAUGCUGGACAAGAAGGAGACAUUCGACGAGCAGGGUAAUGCACUGAGGAAAACUCUACUGACGCACUACUUUGGUAACCAACGGCUCCACUCCAAGUCACUGGACUACGGCAGUGGGGUAGGAUCUUUACCUGGAGCCGGGUCUCCAGGGCAGGACUCUGAUAAACCUGGCACAACUAUGGUGGAUAUCCAGUGUCUGCUGGACAGCGUGGGCGCUACAGAGUUGGUCAUCGAUCUGAUUGUCAGCACUAAGAAUGACCGUGUGUUUGAGGAGAGCAUCCUAUUAGGCAUUGCACUGCUGUGGGGAGGAAAUACACAGAUCCAGAAUUCCUUCUACAAUCAGCUGCACAAGCAGAAGAAGUCUGAAAAGUUCUUCAAAGUUUUCUUUGACCGCAUGCAGUCGGCUCAGAAGGAGAUCCGCUCCACCGUCUCAGUCAACAUGUUCGAGAUCAGCUGCCGCAAGCGAGAGGAGGAGGGCGAAGUUUCUGGCUACAGACACAGAAAGGGUCGGGACUGUAUGCACCUAAAGGAAGAGAUGAGAGGCCAGCUGAAAGAUGCCUCUUACGCCACCUCCAAAGCCUACAGUACUUUCCGCAAAGAAGGAGAUCUAGAGAUAGAUAUGGUGUGCUUAGGGGCCGAGGAGGUUGAGGAGGAGGUGGAGGAGGAAGUGCAGAUGGGUCAGGCCAUUACCAUCAUGAAGCCUAUUUUGCGCUUUUUGCAGCUGCUCUGCGAGAACCACAACCGGCAUCUACAGAAUUUUCUUCGGGACCAGAACAACAAAACCAACUAUAACCUGGUCUGUGAGACGCUGCAGUUCCUGGACUGCAUCUGUGGAAGCACUACAGGAGGUCUGGGGCUGCUGGGCCUCUACAUUAAUGAGAGGAACGUAGACCUCGUCAGGCAGACACUGGAGACCAUUACUGAGUACUGCCAGGGCCCCUGCCAUGAAAACCAGUCCUGUAUAGCCAAGCAUGAGUCCAACGGCAUUGACAUCAUCAUCGCUCUCAUAGUAAACCCCAUUGAGCCAUUGGGAAAGAACCGAAUGGACCUUGUACUGGAGCUAAAGAAUAAUGCCUCCAAACUGCUGCUGGCAAUCAUGGAAAGCUGCCACGACAGUGAGAACGCAGAACAGAUCUUGGACAAGAUGAGACCCAAUGAGCUGGUGGAUGUGAUAAAGGAGGCCUAUGCACAGGGAGUGAUGAGCGGGAUUGAUACUGAGUCCGCAGGGGAUCAGAUCAGUCCGAAAGACGUGGGCCACAACAUCUAUAUCCUGGCUCAUCAGUUGGCACGUCACAGAAAGCCACUACAGCAGAGUCUAAAGCCCAGCCUGGAACUGGACAACAUUGGAGAUGAUGCACUUGGACACUAUGCCAAACACACUGCUCAGAUAGAGAUUGUCCGUCAUGACCGCACUAUGGAGCAGAUCGUGUUUCCGGUACCCAGCAUCUGUGAGUACCUGACAGAGGAGUCCAAAGUGCGAGUGUUCACCACUACGGAGAGGGAUGACCAGGGCAGUAAGGUCAACCACUUUUUCCAGCAAUUUGAUGACCUCUACAAUGAAAUGUGGUGGCAAAAGAAGAUGAGGAAUAACGUGGCUCUUUUCUGGGUAUCGAAGCACAUUUCUCUGUGGGGCAGCAUCUCUUUUAACCUGGCUGUGCUAGUCAACCUGGCUGUAGCUCUGUUCUACCCAUUUGGAGACGAUGAAGAUGAAGGUGUCCUGCCUCCUUUCCUGUCUGUCCUGCUGUGGGUGGCAGUAGCUGUGAUCACAUCGAUGCUCUUCAUCCUGCCCCGGGGAGGAGGCAUCCUGGCCUUUCUGCUUACAGUCAUCCUACGUUCCAUAUACACCAUAGGAUUAGGCCCCACUCUGCUGCUGCUGGGAGCAACCAAUUUGCUGAAUAAGAUUGUGUUCCUGGUGAGUUUUGUGGGAAACCAGGGCACAUUUACUCGAGGCUACAAAGCCGUCAUAAUGGACGUCUUCUUCCUCCUGCACGUCUCCUAUGUUAUCGUCUGCAUGCUCGGCCUGUUUGUCCACGAGUUCUUCUACAGCAUACUGUUAUUUGAUCUGGUACGUAGAGAGGAGACUCUGCUAAACGUGAUGAGGAGUGUGACUAAAAAUGGCCGCUCCAUCUUUCUCACUGCCGUGUUGGCCAUCAUCCUGGUUUACCUGUUCUCCAUUGUGGGCUUCCUCUUCCUCAAAGAUGACUUCUUGUUGGAGGUAGACGUUCACCCUGCAAUGGCAGAGAGGUCGAGGAUGCAGCGAGCUUCAGGUGCUUUGAGCUGUUUCACAGAUGAAUGUCCUUUCCAGUCACCAGCCUCACACCAUGAAACGGAGGGUAAUGAUGAAUCAGAGCGAGUAUGUGACACUCUGCUCAUGUGUAUUGUAACAGUCCUGAACCACGGGCUGCGCAAUGGAGGUGGAAUAGCAGACAUUCUUCGCAAGCCUUCUAAAGAUGAACCUAUGUUUGCUGCUCGUGUGGUGUACGACCUGCUGUUCUUCUUCAUAGUCAUCAUCAUCGUGCUCAACCUUAUCUUUGGUGUGAUCAUCGACACCUUUGCUGACCUGAGGAGUGAGAAACAGGGAAAGGAGGAGAUCCUAAAGACCACAUGUUUUAUCUGUGGGCUGGAGAGAGACAAGUUUGACAACAAGACCGUGUCGUUCGAGGAGCACAUCAAGUCCGAACACAACAUGUGGCACUACCUGUACUUUCUGGUUCUGGUGCGAGUAAAGGACCCUACAGAGUACACAGGUCCUGAAAGUUACGUAGCCCAAAUGAUCAAGGAGAAGAACCUGGACUGGUUCCCGAGGAUGCGGGCCAUGUCUCUGGUGAGCAGUGAGGGGGAGAGUGAGCAGAAUGAGAUGCGCUGUCUGCAGGAGAAGCUCGACACCACCAUCACACUUGUAGCACAACUGUCCACGCAGCUGGCCGAACUUAAAGAACAGAUGACUGAGCAGAGGAAACAAAAGCAGAGGAUGGGUUUUCAAAUCCCUCCUUCACACUGAUGUUAACAUCAUAACCAGCACUACUGCUACUACUGCUACCAUCUCAUCCACCGGCAUCUCAUCCUAGCUUUCUUCAAAGCCUGAUUGCUUUGUUCUGACUUUGAGCUAAGAAGGAAAUGCUGACGUGCGGUCUCACUCACAUGGUAAAUCAGUGUACGUUUGCAGACUUCGUCGCUGUGUGCUCCGAGGCUGUGGGCUGCGGUGUUUAAGUCCAGUAUUGUUACGCAGAGAAGCACCGGCGUCCACUGAAACGAGAGCCAAGAGCAGAUCCCCCAUGUGCUGUCUGUGGAAUUUUAAUUAUAAAGUAUUACUUGUUUUAAGUGUUAUUCCUUUUUAUUGCAGUCUGACUUUUGGCAGGAACUGGAGUGAGUUGAUUUGAACUUUGGUUAUGGAUCUGACUCAGUAAGAUGAAAGCUGCUUUGAAAGUGCCUUUGAGCUUUUCUCAUGGUAGAACUGCUGACUAAUGUGGCCUUAUAUGCUUUAGAAAUAAUAUAUUAAGAAAAAAACAUUUUAAACAGAAAACUGGAAUUAUGAGGAUUUGACCUGGAAAAUUGUACACUUUUGUGCCUACCAUGAAAAUGACUGCAUUAGAUUUAUUUUUAAAAGUUGUACAUAAAAUUAUAGCUUAUAUUUGUUUUAUUAACGACUAGUGACAGGGGGAAUGUAAUUCAAGACGUUUAAAUGUUACUUGGAUUGGUACAAUAUACUAUUGGGAACUAGCAGAUCCUAAGUAUCCUAAGUAACUCAAAUAUUGAUACACUAUAUGGCCAAGAGUGAAGGCUCCUUUAAAUUUAAAUGCCAUUUUAUGAUACAGCAGGACUUUACCUUGGCACAAAAUCAUUGUGGUGUGGUGCAAAGGAACUCCAUUGGUCUGCACAGUGCCUUAACCUUAACACAACUGAACACUUUUGUGACAGUUGGAAUGUUAAUUGUAAACCAGCAUCACGUCUGACCUCAAAAAUGAUAUUUUGACUGAAGGAGCACAGAAUUCCACACACUCUUCAUAAAAUCAUGACCAUAUAGUGUAUCUGCAAACAAUAUUAAACUUUAAAAUCAGAAUGUGCUUUUAACUGGACAACCUAUAAACCACACAGGCCCUGAUUUACUAAGAUUCACAAAAAACCUAAGAUAAGCAAAAAUACAUAAAACUAUACUGACUAAAAGUCUGAUUUUUUCUGCUAAAGUAGUGACAUUUUACUUUAAAAGCAUUGCUUAUAUAAUUCUCUGAUAAGCAUGUUUACUACUGCAACCAGGAAAGCUCAGGCAGUACUAAACUGGCCUUUUUUGUGUAAUGUCUUUAAUCAGAUGAAUUGUGUAUGAUAAAAUCUGUGUGCAAAAUUGUUAACAUAAAACAAAGGGGAACACAUUUUAUUGUUUACUUAUCGACACAGUAACUGCAUCUAUUGUGCAAAGUAUGCAUCAGAUAAAUACCUGGCCUUCUCUCGUAUUAAUUAACAAUAAUACACCACACACACUUUUUGUGCAAAAUAGCAAAAACAUAUUGGAAUUGAGUUUUUGUAUCCUUGAAUAAAAACGCACCAGUGUGCAUAUUCAUUAAGGAAAACACUCAAAAUAAAGGUGUAUUGGUCAUUUGAAAGAUGCAAACCCUGUUAGUAAAUCUUUUUUAAACAUUUUAAACGGUAGCAAAGCCUUAGUAAAUCAGGGCCAAUGUGUGAAAAGUCACCUUAAUUUCUUUGAAAUGUUUUUAAUUUGCACAUAUGUCAGAAGAGUAUGUGUCUUUUGUUCAGCUUAACUCAAAUUUUAUGUGGUCAAACUGGAAUAAAAAUGUGUGUUAAAUUA